GGAGAAAGAAGAAAAGGGGAAGAAGAAAAUCGAGCGGCGAGGAAGAGGAGGAGGAAGAUGGACGCAAUUCCCGCCACGCCGCGCGCGCCUCACUAAGGCCAACAUGGGCUGUAUCGGAUCCAGAACCAUCAGUAAGACGUCACAGUUUAAGGUGAUGAUGUCACUCAUCUCGUCUUCUUUAUUGUGCGUCUCCAGCAGCCGAUGCGGUGCCGGUACGGAAAGAUGGAGAUCAGCAUGGGCGUGCCGAGUUUUCCUGGGAAGGAAUCAAUCUAUCCAUGGAGGACACCACGUCCAUCCUGCCGCGCCUCAAGAGGAAGUCGGCCAACUCGUACGGCAUCGGCGCCCUGGCUAAGUCGUCUCUGACAGGUGUGUCAGGCGUGACGCGCUCCAUGAAGGACAAGGUGACCAAGCCCACCGCCAUGGCGCAGGGCCGCGUGGCCCACAUGAUCGAGUGGCAGAGUUGGGGCAAACCCUCGGCGGGUCCGCUCAGGGGCGCCGGCCCGCAGCGGGAGAAGGAGCGUCGGAUGGAGAACGAUGCCUACGGCGACCUUAGCGAUGGCGAGAAGGAGGCGCGCUUCGCCGCCGGCAUAAUGCAGCAGUUCGCCAUCUCCGAGGCCACGCUCUUCGGCUGGGCGUCCACGGACGACAACCUGGCCGCCGACUCGUGCCACGGCAGCACGGCGCGCCUCGGCGACAGCAACCAGGACAGCAUCACCAGCAGAGACCAGGUCCUCCACCACUCCACAGCAGACGUGUGGCCUCACACGUACGUGUCCCAGGGCCUCUACUGUCUGUCCUCGUCCGACGCGUGGGAACCAAUCAGCAGUCAGCCUUCACGUGCGGCCUCACCGGCCGGGGGCUCCUACAUCCUGGCAGCAGGCAGCGGCGCGGGCAUGACGCCGGCCGAAGGCUACGAGUCGACAGUGGGCAGUUUCCUCCAGCAGCAGCAGCUCAACCUCCAGCAGCACAACCAGCUGCAGCAACUGCAGCAUCUGCACCAGUACCAGCAGCAGCAGCUGCUGUUGCAAUACCAGCAGCAGCAACAGUUGUUGCACGGCAGCUCCCGUUCCCUUCAGGCCACGCCCAACAGCACCAUCCACAGCCCGGGCCCAGUCACGCACCCACACCUGGCCGACCUGUGGGGGGCGGCGCAGGCGGAGGCGCACAAGGCGGAGCUCGUCGGACAGCUGGCGGAAAUGGCGGGCGGCGGGGACCAGGUGGAUAUCAACGUCUUUGGUUACGCGGAGCAGCAAUGCAACGACGGAGAAAAGGAGAAGGAGGAACUCACCAAGGUGGAGGAGGUCACACCGAGCACGGAGACCAAGCCGUGCCUUCCGAGCCCGUCCCCGCUGUGGGAGGACACGCCAUCCGCCAGAGGUGCCAGCCCAGGAACGCCGGCCGAGGUGAUCCCGUUCGACGUGACGUCGUGCCUCGUCCAGUCGAUGGAGGAGAAGGACGACGACGUGGACGAGGGCGGCGGUGGCGUCAUCGUGGUGGCCACCAACUGAGACACAAAGUUCACAUCGACACAAGUCCAAUAAUCAAUCUUGAUAUUAUCUCGAUAUUACUGAAGGAAUAACCUGCAGGAAGUGGAACAUUAAUCAAGCAAAAAAAAAAUGGGGGGGACCAAAAACCAGCGAACAGGAAGUUAAAGCAGCAAAAGCAUCGCAAUUCAGAGGCGGGACAAACACAAGCAAAGAAUAGAAACAAGAAGAAGGAGGCUGCUUUUGCUUCAAAUCCGCCUUCUGGAACUUCCGGCAAACUUGGCCGACACUGAGUGCUUGCCACAGUGUCGCACUCCAUCCAAUUGCGAUAAAAAGGGAAGACGGUCGACAUAAACGCAGACAUGUAUUUGUGCAUCUCAUCAAAACAAGUCGAGUGGAGCUUUGGUUUUUGUUUCAUCUAAAUGCUGGUUACCGGACAUCUGUUCAGUUUUCACCUCGGAACGCGCGACUCGGCCAUUUCGAUACAUUUUGUGAGUUGUGUGGAGAAAGCUCAACAGACGGCAAGGCAUCUUGCACAACGCAAGGCUUCCUUCUCAACUCAGGGUAAUAAGAAGCCUCCCGCUCUGCUCGGGCAACAUCUGCGGAACAUUGUCAACAGUCAGACCUUCAAAAUAAAAGCAUUCUGCCAGCUGGGUCACAAA